AUUAUAAUAUUUCAAAAAUACGUUUCUUUCGUUUGAAAAUUGAGAUGGAUGUACGCGAAGAAACCGUAGAAGAGCAUUAUCCAACAACAACCACUUUUAGACCAAGACAAGCACAAAUUCAUAUUCUUAGAAACAGUCGGCACGUCUCCAAAAAAACCUAUCACCCGUUAAGUGGAUUCAACGAGAAAAGAUUACAAUUCGAUGAGCAGUCAUGUCUUAUAGUGCAAUUUGAUUUUGGGAUAAUGGACGAGGAGAGUAAGGAGUUUUGGAGGUGUGAGAUAAAGCAAGACAUAUUACGUGCCCAGUUGUAUUUUGUUGGUGGAUUUCGAAUUUUACCAACAGUAUUGCCUCCCUAUUCCCAAUCGUCUUCUAUCAAACUCAAGGGGUUUGAUUGCAAUAAUAAACAAUUUUUACCUUACUUUGGUGGUGUGGCAUUCGAGUUACCUGUACUGGAAGAACGCCCUGCAACGUUUGGACUCAGAAUUACAUUAUACAAAGAAGAUGCAGUUCUUCAUUCUGCUCAAUUCAAUGUGAAGUCACAUGGAGAUGGUAUAGAAUUAGAUGAAUGCCAAAGUGGAGCUUUAUUACCUAGCAUUGAAACUCCAUAUCGUAAGAAGCAAAUGACAGGAGCUCUCGCAAAAUUGAAUGCACAAAAGGUACUUAACCUUUUUCAGAAGCUUGGUGAUAAUGGUGAGCAUGCUGAAUUCGCGCAAAAGCAGUCCGCUUUAGUUAACAAUUUGGGCGAAAAAAAAUUUUUUACAGAUCUGAUCCUUGCUGUGGAAUUACAGAGAGGAAUCACAAAAUACGGGCAGAACAAGAUGGAUGAAUGCUUAACAAUCUGCCAGAGAAUCCGCCAAAAGACAGAGGAAAGUUUUUCACAAAAUUCAGAGUUUAUUUUGGGGAGAGUAUUUUACAUUAUGUCGGGCGUGCAUAGACAGCAAAAUCAGUUUGAAUUGGCUCUGAAAUAUUUGAAUUUAUCAACUGAGAACUUCAUGAAAGUAUUUGAAUGUAGUGAAACAGGAAACAACAGAUAUAAUCUAGCGGCGUUAUAUGCUCAAAAAGCUGCUCAUUGUAGGCUUACCUCGGAGGAAUACAAAUUGACAGUGGAAAGUUUUGAAGACGCCAUUCGAAUGUACAAACUUCACGAGAAAAAUGGACCUAAAAGAAUUCGAAACAUCAUCAGGACUUCCAACAGACAAAUCUUAUUUUAUUUAAAAGGAUCCCGAAGUAAUUUUCCCGAUUUGAAUUUGGAGGUGUCGGGAGAAGACAUUGCGAAAGCUUACAAAGUCAUUGAAGAUGUAGAGAAGUUAUUGCCUGAAUGUCCAAAACGACACGAAUGCACUUUCCUUAUCCCAAAGGCGGAUUACUUAAUUCGAAAAGCCACAAGCAGAGAGUUGACGUUCUUUUACGAUGAAGCACAGGCUGUAGAACAAGGAAAGAGACAUUUACAUGCAGCAAACGAUGUCUUAGAAAGAGCAAAACAGUUGUCUGUUGAAAUGCGAAUGACGAAAGAAACAGUGGGGAUAAACCAGAGAAUAGAACGAAUUGAACAUCUCUUACAAGGUGGUUUAAGGGAAUUUUUCGACCGAAGACGCCAGACUGGCAGGGUGCCUGAUUCAUCAGUUCAAACCAGGGAAUUUGUGAAUGAAACAAACGACAUUUAUGAUUUGAUCUUAAAUGUACGACUUGAAAACUUACCAGACAGAAACCAAUGGCAAUGCACUGAACCUCAUUGAGCGAACUCACAACCCUAAUGAACAUUCUCAGUAUAGUAAUUUAAUUUAAAUGGUUUCGUUUUACAUGCAUCCGUUUGUUGUUUUAUAGUUUUAUAUUGUUAAUACUAUUUGCCUGGAAAAUAAAUUAAAAUAAAAACCUAUUUUUGAAUGUCGUCGUCUGCCUU